UAAGUUGACACUUGUCAAGUAACAACACAAGACACUCUAAUUCUUCCCAGUUAUCAAAUCAUUAUUACCAAUCACGCACCUUUGCAUUUUUAUUAUUGACUACUAUUACUUCUCUUACUCAAAGCUUCAUCGAUCGAUCUGCGAAGAAAGAAAGAAAUGGCCGAAACGAGUGAAAAGGAACGGAGGAUCCUGGUGGCGGUGGAUGAAGGGGAAGAGAGCAUGUACGCGCUCUCAUGGUGCGUCAACAACCUUGUUUUUGAGAACUCAAAGGACACACUCAUCCUUCUCUAUGUUAAGCCCCCUCGCGCUGUCUAUUCCGCCUUCGAUGGUACAAGUUAUUUGUUCUCUUCUGAUAUAACGGCGACUAUGGAUAAGUAUAGCCAACAAGUCGCUGAGUCCGUCUUAGAGAAAGCCAAGAGACUCUGUAACAACAUCCAGAAUGUGGAAACAAAAAUAGGGAAUGGAGACGCUAGGGACGUGAUCUGUGAGAUGGUUCAGAAGUUGAAUGCGGAUAUUCUGGUCAUGGGAAGUCACGGCUAUGGUCCCAUUAAGAGGGCUUUUCUUGGAAGUGUGAGCAAUCACUGUGCGCAGAAUGUGAAGUGCCCCGUUUUGAUAGUGAAGAAGCCCAAAGACGCUUGAUAAAAUAAUAACAUCAACAAUCCGAUGUUGCUCUUUGUGUAAUUACCUUGUUAUGUGUCAUUUUGAUUGGGUUUGUAGCUUUUGUGUUUUGUCCCCUCCUCCCCUCCUCGAAGGGAAUCUGUUUUUGAAUAACAUUAUAUUAUAUAUUAAAGACUAAAGUGGGUUUUUAUUUA